AUGGACGGCUUCAAGACCAACGCAGAGGGUUAUACCGAACUCGAGGCCUCCUCGCUCGCUGUCGGGCUGCCAGAGGGUUUGAUGGGAAACUCUGAGGUCGGACAUCUGAACAUCGGAGCCGGACGAGUGGUGUGGCAGGAUGUGGUUCGCAUUGAUCAGACGAUCAAGAAGGGAGAGCUGAACAAGAACGAUGUUAUUGUGAAGGCUUUCAAGGCAGCUAAGGAGGGCACUGGACGCCUUCACUUGGCUGGUUUGAUCUCUGAUGGAGGGGUCCACUCCAAGCAAGAUCACCUCUACUCUCUAUUGAAGGUUGCCAAGGAGCUCGAAGUCCCUCAUGUCUACAUCCACUUCUUCGGUGAUGGACGCGACACCGACCCCAAAUCCGGUGCUGGAUACAUGGAGGGCCUUCUGGAUAAAAUCAAGGAGAUUGGUAUCGGUCAAGUUGCGACUGUUGUCGGACGAUACUACGCCAUGGACCGUGAUAAGCGUUGGGACAGAAUCGAGGUUGCCUUGAAUGGCAUGUGCGUCGGUGACGGAGAGGAGAGUACUGACCCAGUCAAGACCAUCAAGGAGAGAUACGCCAAGGGCGAGAACGAUGAAUUCUUGAAGCCAAUUAUUCUGGGCGGCAAGGAGGCCCGUGUCAAAGAUGGUGACCAGGUAUUCUUCUUCAACUACCGCUCUGACCGUGUUCGAGAGAUCACUCAGCUUCUUGGAGAUGUUGACCGUUCCCCAUUGGAGAACUUCCCUUACCCAAAGAACAUCACUCUCACAACCAUGACCCAAUACAAGCUCGACUAUCCUUUCGAAAUUGCUUUCAAACCACAGCACAUGGGCAACGUUCUUGCAGAGACUCUUGGAAAACAGGGCGUGAACCAAGUUCACGUCGCCGAGACCGAGAAGUAUGCCCACGUGACAUUCUUCUUCAACGGAGGCGUGGAGAAGGUCUUCCCUCUUGAGACCAGAGACGAGAAGCAAGAUCUUGUCCCAUCUAACAAGAGUGUCCCUACCUAUGACAAAGCACCCGAGAUGAGCGCUGCAGGUGUUGCAAAGCAAGUCAGCAAGCGUAUCUCAGAGGGUAAAUUCGAAUUCGUCAUGAACAACUUUGCACCACCUGACAUGGUGGGACACACCGGUGUAUACGAGGCUGCUAUCGUUGGUGUAGCUGCUACUGACAAGGCCAUUGGAGAGAUCUACGAGACCUGCAAGAAGGAAGGCUACAUCCUCUUCGUCACCUCUGAUCACGGUAACGCCGAAGAAAUGAAAUUCGAAGACGGCAAGCCCAAGACCUCUCACACAACCAACAAGGUUCCCUUCGUCAUGGCCAACGCGCCUAAAGGCUGGAGCCUCAAGAAGUCAGACGACGGCGUCCUCGGCGACGUCGCGCCAACGAUCCUCGAAGCUAUGGGCCUGCAGCAACCCGAAGAGAUGACUGGCCGCAGUCUACUGGUUAAGAGUUAG